AUGGACAUCUUUUCAAUCAUCAGAGUAAAGCUGAUUCAUGACCAGAGACCCGAUAUUCGUGCUCCGAUAUUGGAAGUGAGUCUUAAGAACGACUCUUUUCUUACCCCGGGCUAUCUGUUUGUGGCACCAUAUGAAACCGAACGGCCAGGACCAUAUAUUUAUGAUACUGACGGUCUAAACAAAGAGCCUAGGAUCUGGUAUGGAGCGGAGCCGAUGGAGGGCUACGCUAGGGGUCGUAACAUCAUCUUGAAUCCAGAUUAUCGACAAGCAGCGACUGUACAAAGUGGGAAUGGUUUGACGCUGAGCGACAUGCAUGAGUUGAACAUUAUUGAUGAGACCUCCGUCCUCAUCCCCAUCUACCAGCCGCGCCUCUACAACCUAGAGGCGUACGGUGUACCAGCAGGCAAUGGCUGGGUCAUGGAUGGCGUGUUUCAAGAGAUCAAUAUCACAUCAGGAGAAGUACUCUUCGAAUGGAGGUCUCUUGAUCACGUUAGCAUCUCUGAAACGUACACUCCCAUCCGACUCAACUCAGUCGUGGGUGAUGGUCUGAGCAAUGCGACGGCUUGGGACUACUUUCACAUCAAUUCCGUGGAUAAGAACAAUGAUGGUGACUAUCUGGUAUCUGCUCGACAUACCAGCUGCAUUUACAAGAUAUCUGGCAAGGAUGGAUCCAUUCUGUGGCGACUGGGCGGGACAAAUAGUUCAAUACAAAUGCAGGACUACAAUUUCUCCUCUCAGCAUGAUGCGCGCUUCCUGCAGGAGAACGAUACCGUCACUGUCAUCUCACUCUUUGAUAAUGGGAGCAAUGGAUAUAGAAACACGUCAUCAACGUCCUCGGGUAUUAUCGUGUCAAUUGACAAUGCAGCAAAUACCUCAAGCCUAAUGAAGAGAUACGAGGCCCCUGAUGGCGGACUCUUAUCGACAAGCCAGGGAAACCUCCAAACACUGCCGAAUCAACACGUUUUGGUCGGAUGGGGGAGCCAUCCUUCAAUAUCUGAGCAUACCGACGAUGGAACCCCCGUGUUCUUUGCAACAAUAAAUGAUCCGAAGGCGAUGAACUACCGUGCUUUCAAAUUUAAUUGGACCGGAGAGCCAAGUGACGAUCCUGCCCUUCGUAGCUAUGCGGCUGCCCCAGGCUCUGCGACUACGUUCUGGGUCAGUUGGAAUGGUGCUACCGAAGUUGACCAUUGGAACUUCUACGGCACGACUUCGGCGUCUGAUGAGUUUACGCUGGUAGCCAAGGCGGACAGGCAGGGCUUUCAAACCACCUAUACUAGCUCCACCUACUACUCCCGGGCAUAUGCAGAAGCGGCCUCGAGCGACGACUCAAGUCUAGGGAACUCGUCUGUCGUGGAUACGACAUCAACGCUUUCCAAACUGGACUAG